UGGCAGCGCCCAGUUCCAAAGAAAAUUUUUUGCCCUCUCGAGAAAAUUGCAUUUAUACGAGCUGUUACUGCGAAGAGAAUAUCUGGCUACUGUGUGAUCACAUCAGGAAGACUCAUCCAGAGGAGUUGUGUAACUGCUAUGCAGUGUUUGUUUCAAAUGACGAAAAAAAAGAUUCCGAUCUGGAGACAGCAGGCCUGUCUCGAGCCAGAGAACCCAAUCGUAUGGGACUACCAUGUGAUAUUCGUGCGCUGCAGAGAUUGCGGGAGCGAACUUUAUGAUUUAGAUACGCAACUACCAUUUCCUUGUGAACUCAAUAAAUAUGUUGAAGAGGCGCUGUGUUAUGAUGAUAAACUGGAGGCAAAAUAUCGAAGGUCAUUUAGAGUUAUACCUGCUGUGCUCUACCUUGAAAAGUUUGCCUCUGACCGGUCGCACAUGCUCGACGACGACGGAAUAUUCCGCACUGACCCACCGACCUAUCCCUGCAUCACUACACCUGAAAUACAGAACAAUCUCGAAGACUUCAUAAAUAUGGACCCUGCAGUUGGCUAUGGAGAGAUCGUGACGUUACGCAAAUUCGUAUCAAAAUUUAACUCAGCAAAGACGAAAAAUAGAUAAUCUUGGAUAUCAUAACUUUUAGGACCAAUUCGGAUGAUUUGCGGCUUGCUGUAUUGUUACGCGAACUUUAUGACUAUGUGAGCAGUACCGGAACAGAUUGGGAAUACAUAACGUGGAAUAAUACGUGAACUAAAAUAUAUCUUAUC